AUGAUAUUCAACCCAAAUGAGAUUCACGCUUCCUUCAUGCUAUUCUACCAAUUCAACCCACACCUUCUCAACAUCGAAACAACAACAAACAUCCUCGUCAAGGCUCUGACCGUCUUCCCAUCUCCCGCCUUCUCCCUUUCCCUCGCCCUCCUACCCGCCUACACCCAACCAUUCCACAAUUCCGCUCCUGCCCAGGGCCCCUCCGCAACCCUCCCCAUCCAAACAGCAGACUUCGUCGAAUCAGUACAGAAGCUAGCUCGUCUCUCCACCUUGCUUGAAUCAGCACAGUACUCCCUCUUUUGGUCAACCCUAAACUCAGAUGACCUCUACGCGGACCUUAUUGCAGACGUAGCUGGGUUCGAAGAGUUGAUUCGCGUCCGUAUUGCGGUCGAAGUUGGAAAAGCUUUCCGUGAAAUCAGCGCAGAGAUGCUCAUGGAUUGGCUUGACGUUAAGGGAUUGGACACUUUGGAGAAGUUUGUUGUAGAUGUUUGUGGAUGGGAGGUUGAUAAGAGCGGUGCUUCUGGUGCGAAUGAUGCAAAGAACGUCACCGUGCGUGUCCCGCGGAAUAAGGAGAAUGAAGCCAGGGGUGAAGUUAAGGGUGAGAAGGUCGGCAUUGAGAUGUUUGGCAGGGUUAUUCGGAGGGGUUUCGAGCAGCCUGCUUGA